AUGAUUGCAAAGGUGAUGGUACAUGAUUCCAAUCGCACGGCGGCCAUUGAAAAAUUGGGGGAGGUCCUCUCUCACUCGACCAUCUGUGGACCACCAACAAAUUGCAAUUUUCACUUCUUGCAUGCCAUUGUCCCGUCUAUUGCCAAGUUUUUGGCUGGGAAUCCUUCCAGCACCGAAGGUCUGGAAAUCACAUUAGAGGGACCGGAGCUACGAUUCUUAACUCCUGCAUGCAUAUCUAUCUGCGGUGCUCCAAUGGACAUGACACUUGACGGGACCGACGUCCCGAUGUGGACACGACUUUGUAUCAAACUAGGCAAUGCCCCGUACUUUCGGUCAAAGUCGACAUUUCCUCUACCCGGGAUUGGUGGGUAUCAAGGAAGAUCGCUCACUCCGGGUGUUAUGCUGGUCAUUGCAAAGCUCCAUGCACUUGAGGCAGGGCCCGAGGUGUCAUUGCCCUCCCAUUUGCGCCCUAUCUACCCCCAUCACUGGGACAUCUAUGCCAUGGUUGGGCCGUACGACGAGGGUUACAUUGUAUCCGAAGAUAUCGACAUGAUCUAUGACACAGUUUGGAACGUUUCGCAUAAUUCUACAAGAGGGGGCAUUGGCCUUGUUGGACCUGCUCAUGGAUGGGCAAGAGAAGAAGCGGGCGAGGGUGGGCAACACCCUAGCAACGUGAUUGAGUACGGGUACCCUACCGGGACAUUGAACUGGACGGGAGACAGAGAACUUUCUGAAAAUGUGUCGGCACUCGUAGCCAGCCAGUUCGAUCUAAAUACCAUCGAGCCAAUCUCUGGCUCGGCGCUGCCAGAGUCAACGAUCUCUGGAAACCGAGGAAAAGCAUUGGUUUACCGCACUGAGCUAAGUGAAUCUGGUAUUCAUAUGACAUUCAGACAGGGUGGAGAUGAGUUCUUGUUGGUCGGGUUUGGCGAUGGAAAAUUCAAUCUCAAUCAUCGCUGCCAAGUUAGAGCGCUGGAGCGGGCUUUCAACAAGUCUCAAGAGCCAUACGAAGAUUUGAGGCGAAGUGUCUAUAAGACCACAGGAUGCUGCAAUUGCUUAUCGACCUUCUGGCAUCGUCAAAGGACUGUCGGCUAUCUGAGAAAUUCAAAAGUCCCAAGCCGCAAGUUCCGUCUUCCUAUCUGCUUCGAGAGCCCGGCUCAAGAGGAAGCCGUCCAACGAUAUAUGGAGACACAAAGGCCACAUGCUCCAUACUUGCCGAGUAACAUAGACUUCGUGGCUAAGGCCAACGGAAUUACGCAUGAUGAAUUGGUCGACAUUUUCCUUUCAGUGGAAUUCGUGGCAAUUUGUGUCGGGUUCUGCUGCUGCGAUACUAUACGUCUCCCGGUUGAUCCCCACUACCUCUUAAUAUGCCCCAAGCAGAAUCCUAGUCGAGUGUACACCCUAGAGGGAAGUGUCAGCUGGGGUGGAUUAUGUAUGAACAUCUACCCCGUUGAUUCCCCUGGGGGAUAUCAGAUGACUGGCCAAACCAUUCCCUGUUUGGACCAGUUGGGAGUCAAACCGGACCUUUUGCCAAGCCAACCGGGCCUGUUCCGUGACUUAGACCAGAUUACCUUCUACCGAGUAGAGAAGGAAGAGCUUGAAUGUGAUAUAGCUCGUUUCCGCCCUAGUUCUUACAAGUUCCAGUUCGAAGAUGUCACCUUCGAUAUGAUCGCCCACAACCGUCUUCUCGACGAGACGAGAGACGAAGUAGCGGCAGUCAAGUCUCGGCAAGCCGCAGCGCAAGUAGGAACGUUGGCCCUGGAAAAGGAAUCCAUGGACAGGUGGAUGGCCGAGAAAGCGCAGAACAGCGUUCCUGCCGAUGAAGUCUCACUCCUGAGACAAGACCCUGACAUUCUGACAUUGUAUGCCCCCCUCGAUACAAACGUGUGGAAGGUCAACGUUGCAGAUGGCGAUAUUAUCUGCUCUGCUAAAGUUGUUGCCAUUCUUGAGGCAAUGGGAAGUCUCCGUCUCUUACCAUGGAGACAAGAAGAAUGA